UCUCCCAUCUCUUCUUUGUGGAAACACCACCAAUCUUCCUUUCUCUUCUCAUCUCCUUUUAUGUUUCCUUCAGCUUUUAAAGUUUUAAGGUUGAUCUGACCAAAACCCCUUCUCUCGACCAAGAUCGUCAUGCUUAGCAAAAGAACCCAUCCAAUGAUCGGAAAAAUAUCUGAGCUCCUCGUCGGCGUGAACCGAUCUGCCACCACGGCGUCUCCGUUCUUUGACGUCUUGAUGACAAGCCCUAAAAGCCCACUUGACUUCAAGAUUCUCCCUCAGAUAUCUCAAAGAAACAGCUCAAAAAGAUUCUACGAGGACAACCUUGGUGGGUCCGUUGGUCUAGGGAUUGUAGCCGCACUCGAGAACUCAACCACUCGUCUAGUAACUAGCGUUUCGAGAUCGGAACCGAACCAAUCCAACCGGUCUGAGCCGGUCCAGUUCAUGAGCCACGAAGAGGAAGACGAGGAGAUGUUCAUAAUGGACGAGGAGGAUGAUUAUACGUUGGUAACGUGUCACCGUGGUCCUAGUGGAUCUUGUAGUACAAGGGUUUAUGACAAAGAUGGGUUUGAGUGUUUGGCAAGUAAGAUCAACGAGGAUCGUCGUGAGAGACUUUUCAUGGUCGAUGUCGGUAUGGAAUCUCCAGUGAACUCGCCGGAGUUUAAGGGUUUGGGUUUCCUCAGUUCGUGUUAUUUAUGCAGGAAGAAACUUCAUGGUCACGACAUAUAUAUUUACAGGGGAGAAAAGGCUUUUUGCAGCACAGAGUGUCGAUCAAGUCAUAUAGCAAACGUUGAAAGGAAAGAGAGAUGCAGAUCAAAGUUCUCAACCUCUCCUUACACCGCUGGUCAAAUUUUCUCUACCGGAGUUCUAGUAACUUAGCCGGAGUUUAUGUACUGAGUUUACAUUUAUGUAUGGGGGGGAAAGGGGGUAAAUAAAAUAAGUACGCAUACAACAUAUGCAGGACGAAAUAAAUUAGCAUAUCUUAUAUAAUUAUGACAUGUAUGCUUAUAUAAAUGGUAUAUGGUGGAAAUGAAACAACAUGAGAAUUUUGGUGAGGGGAGGUUAAUGAUAGUAGAGAGAGAGCUAGUUCUUGAUCGUUGACAUGGCGAGAAAAUGGAAUAAUGCUCUUGGUUGUUUUGGUUAUUGUGUUUUGUAUUUUGUGGUAAUUGGCAUAUUAAAAUAAUUUUGAAGUUCAAGCUCUUCUUCUUGUGUUCCUUUCUUUUAGUGGACGUUUUGAAAGGUGAAUAUAGUGUUUUAGGGAGAAAG